GGCAGCAGAACGCUAAGAGUCAGGGAAAUAUCCCAAACAGCUCUCUCCCCUGCUCCUAUUAGUGCACUAUAUGGGCUACGGAGUGGCUUCUACACCCUAACUAGUGCACUUUAUGAAAAACAAGAAGCAGUUUAGGAUUCAGCCUACAUUUUGCUCGAGGAAAAUCGCCGAGGGUAUAACGUAACCUAACCUAAGCUAACAUAAUAUACCAUAACAGUGUAGAGUGAGCUCGUGUGGUGCUUAGCAGUUCAGGAUCUUUUAAAGAGCAUUGCAUCAGUGAUCGAAGACAUUUCUCCUGCUUCAGCAGAAACAAUGUCUGACUUUGUGAUUUUAUCCUUGAUCUUGUUUUUGGUCGUGUGUCUCAUCUUGACCCUUGCUGGGUUCGUGUUUUACUCCGGACUGCUGUCUGAGAUCGUUGUUGGGACAGGAUCUCCCCCGGUGAAAAAGGUGACUAUUGCGUACAAGUUUAAGACAGGAUCGUACAGGGACCGCGGAGCCGCCUUCACCGAGAGCUGCAGCAUCGCGCCGCAGCUCUGCUCUGUAGCUCUGUAUUAUGACAACCCCAAUGAGACUGAAGCUGAUUGUUGUCGCUAUGCAGUGGGAAGUAUUCUGAGCCAGGACGAAGAAAAACCCGAUGAAGAGUUGCAGCGUCUGUAUGAGAAAUUUGGAUUUCGGGUCAUCUCCUUCCCAGAGGUUUCCUGUGCUGUGACUUGCUCUUUCCCUAACCAGUGCAUGCUGUCCCCCAUCUGUGGGGCAUACAGAGUCUUCCCUGAGCUCCACAGCUACAUCAGGGAAAGAGGCUUGUCUGCAUACCCAUUUAUUGAGAUCUGUAAAGGAGAUCUAAUCCACUACAUGUGCCCACUGGAGAACCAGGACAGCUUUUUUGUGCCCGAACUCCUUGAGAAGCAAACAGAGGGAGAAGAGGAAACAGAGAAUGACAAAGAUGCUGAUGACGUGCACACGGGUGAAGGCUGCACAUCUGAGAGCGGCGUAGCAGUGAUGGAGGCAGACACCGAAAGCAGCGAGAUGGGGGAGAGCUCCUCGCCUGUGGUGCAGCAGAGUCCACCGCUGGAUGAGAGAGAUUCUCAGACGGAGGAAGGAGACCAGGGGGCCAAGGGCUCCAGUGAGUCUGUAGGAAGUGGUUCAUCCUUUGAAGAACUGGACAUGGACAUUGAGGAAGAGGAGAAGGAAAGGGAAAAUGCUGAGGAGGAUCAUGUGGUGGACAAUGAGAAAAGAGGAGAUAAUGAAGGGGAGAGUAAUGAGGGAUAGAUUGCGUGUGCAUGUUUGAAGUAGUUAAUGAAUCUUCUUUUUCUUGUUUUCGUUUCCGUUUGAGGUGCUUCUUAGUCACCUAGGCAAAGUCUUAACAUAUGUAAUCAGAGGUUUAAUAAUAAAUGGGUGAAUCUUGGCAGUUUUUAUAAACACGUGGCAGUCUUACUGCAGGUCACAUAAACAUUAUGUAAUCAAACCUAAAAAAAAAAAAAAAAACUUAAAGGUAUUUCCUCAGCUCACUGAUUCUAGUCCAGUAUCUCAUAAAAUAUCUCAUAAAAGCUGCCAGUUAUUUGAAAAGGGAAUCCCUGCUGAUUUUUUUAUCACAGUGAAUCACCUGUUUCAGCAUCUUUGAGGCAAUAAACUAAUGACACCCAGCACAAAUAAUGUAUUUCCUUACAGUGUAAUCGAAGCUUGUGCUACUGAAAUAAUCUUGGAAAAAUGUAAACAAAAUGGAUAACUCAUCUAGGGAAUUCUAAAUAAUAAUUCCAAAUUAUGUAACCAAACAAAUAUGUAUUUUUAGAGCAAAUGAUAUGUAGACAAUAAUAUAAGAUUUGAUUAUUCGAUUAUGAACUAACUGCUUUUAUUAUCAGUUUAUGUAUGUCUGUCGAGUCAGUUGUUUUAUAAUGGUGUUAAAGGGAAGUAAAUGUUGAGUGUAUGUGUGUGUAUGUGUGUAUGUGUGUGUGUAUGUGUGUGUGUAUGUGUGUGUGUGUGUGUGUGUGCUCAGUGACUGUUAACUUCAUCAUAACUAGUUAUAGCUCCAUACAGAAACAGCCCUAUCCUUACUGCAUGUGCCAGAUGUGUUUGUUGUUAACAUCCUCCAAGAAAACAAUGGACAAAAUAUGGAUUGAAAUAAAAUAACAAUAUAGUCUCUAUUUUUAAAAUAGUUUGUUUCUUUAUUUUUGUAAUCAAUGUUCACAUUCCAAACAGGAAAUAUUUUAUGAUAUUCUAGAUAUUCUCUGAUAUUCUACAUUUUUGAGUAUAAUUUACAUAAUUUGCAAGUUUUAUAUAGUUUGUUUAACAUUCAUUCAAAUGAUACUCAUAUUUUUAUCUAUUUCCCUCUCACACUCAUGGAAAUCUGAAGGUAUGAAUAUAUAAAGCUUAUAAAAAUAAAAGGAUGUGUAUGUGUG